CAAAAACCCUAGUUAGCAUAACAGCACUAUAAAUAUCCACAUUGUUCCAACCUCAUUGUCACCACAACAACUCAAUUACAAAAAAUUAGCAGUCACUAUGAAAUCCUCUGAAAAAGACCAGCCACCUCUUUCCCUCAAUUCCGACACUGGAGGCUCUUCUUCGUCUCUAGUAGCCAAACGUAAGGGAAAGGGAACUACUGGUGAGAGUAAGAAGAGAAGCAGUAGUUCUCUUUUGAGAGCUACCCUGAGGAACAAUGCAUUCGAAGCACUUCAUGAAAACAUCCCUGCGUUCCGACAAGAGUACAUGCCUUGGUGUGCUAGGAACAAGAUGAUCCGUCAGAUGUAUUGCGGACAUAGGGUGGCUACUCCUAAACGCAAGGGUGGGCGUGAGGUGAUGGUGGGAGUUGAUGAUAAUAUUCCACGUGUAGCUGACUUUAUGCGACCUGCUGAAGAGGCCGUUAAAGUGAUGCAUUUGGACAACGGUAAUAUUCAGAAACCCUGGGGAACUAGCCUGCAUUACCUUGUUGUUGCAAGCAGCAACAAGGGUGAUCUUGGUAUUAUGUACGCAAUUAAGAGAAACCAGAUCUUUGAAGAUAUCUACAAGGAUUACGCGGAUAAAGUGGACUGCAAGGUGAAGGACAUGUUCUUGACUAAUGAAAGAACCGGGGUAGUUAUCUCUCCACACGACAUUGCUAAGUAUGUGAGAAUUAGCCAAGGUGAUAUGCUGGUGGCAAAUCACAAGAAUCCAAAGUUUAACAUGAAUAGCUGGAUUAAGAAGUUCUACAUCACCGAUGUCAGUGACAAGCCAAAAAAAGUGAAGGUGGAUGGUCAGCUCGACACAAAACUUUGCAACCUAUACCAUCACUGCGGUACCUUGUUCAACUUUGAUCUUAAGAAGGUCAUGCUCAUGAAUCAGUGUCGAGUUUUAAUCCCCAACCAGACAAUUGAAUCGGCAAAGAUUCGGAACAAUGGGGUGGUCUAUGCACUUCCAAAUGCGCGCUACAAGAAGUCAUCCUGUGUAACACCCCAAUAAUUCUCCCUUUUCCAACCACUUACUUUAAAUAAAAAUAGAGGAGAACC